AUGCCUGCUCCAACGCUGCACGGGCAUACAGCGAUCGGCCUCCUCCAGGACCUCAAGCGCUCUCGAUGGCUUCCCCAGUUCAACGAGAAGGACGUCAAGAAGGUCAUCGAGGAGAUAAGACAGGACAACGCUGAGAUGAAGAGGAUGGCCAGAGAGUCCGACGACCAGAACGAGAAUGAAGUGCUCUCGGGCAUGUACCUUUAUGACGAGCUCAUGCAUCGCAACAAGCGGAUGGUGCUUUGCUACCUCAACUAUCGCGCUGAGACGAUCGAGAAGCUGCGAUGGCAGGUCGGCCUCAUGAUGCCUCCCGACAAGCUUGGGAAGCUCCACGAGGCAGAAAAGCAGUACUUGAAGAACUACAUCAACAGCCUUGACAAGUACAUGAAGCGCUACACCCCGGACUGCAAGCUUCCCUUGGAUCUCACGGCCGAUGCGGGACAGGCUCCCAACGACGGGCUGCAUGUCAAGGUGCGAGUCUUGAAGGCCGAUCCCACCAUGGAGGGCAUCCAGAGCUUGGAAAGCGGACCACUUCGAUUUCGUCCCGGCACCCAGAUGCUGGUCAAGCGCAGCGACGUGGAGCACCUGAUCCGUGCCGGUAAAGUGAUGCAGGUCCGGAGCUACAAGAGCGACACCGUCGGCGGCGGCUUCUAG